AUGAAGCAGAAAAAGCCCGCAAAGGAUGCGACGUUGGAAGGGUAUGAUCCUGUACCAGUCCCCGUCCUUGACAGCACGAGCGCCAACACGGAUAUCCUGGCACGAAUCACUCUGACCUUCCCGCAAACGCUUUCGCUCUCCCGCCUGGAAGAAUCGUGGUACGCUCUUGUUCGAGCUUGGCCGAUCCUCGCUGCUCGUGUUCGUCGCACACCUUGCACUCCUUCCGGUAUCUCCUACUUGAUCCCGCAGCCUUCUACCCUUUCUGCACUCGAGACUCGAUCGCGCACCACAAGCAAAGAGGCGGAAAAGCAUCUCGUGCUCGUCGACGCCUCUUUUCGCUCCAUCUCCACCUACCAGCCCAUUGUUGGCAAAGCAUUGAACGGUAGCCUGUCACCAACGCAGAUCAGUGUCGGUCAUGCACCCGCUCGAGCUGAACAGGACGAAAUGACCUGUGCUAAUGCAUGCAAGACCUUCAAAGAGCUUCUCGAAGCUGAUCAGAGCUUCAUUACCGCUCAAGCGACUCGAUGGGCGGAUGCGACGGUUGUCACUAUCGCUUUCAGUCAUAUUGCAGGAGACGCUUUUGGGAUUAAGAGUAUCUUUGCUGGUUGGGCGGAUGCUUUGCGCGGUCAAGUUCCUGUUGGGCUAGAGGGUCUGGGAAAAGAUCCCUACAUUGAAUAUGCCCCGCCGCAAGGGAAGAAGGCAAAAGACGAGAACGGAAAGCAAGUCGGUCUGGGUAAAGGAUGGAAGAAGUUUGGUUUUUUCGAGACGGUCAGAUUGUUCAGCAAUCUGCUUUGGGAUAUCAAAGUCAAGAGGCCCGAGAAAAGUAUAGAGCAGUUCUACAUCUACAUGCCGGAGGAAAAAGUUCAGCAGCUUAUCACGCAGGCCAAGCAAGACCUCGAACAACUCGCAGCCGCCCAAGAUGCUCGCAACAGCAGCAGCCAACAUGGAGGCCACCUCGAGAAACAAUCAACCCCACCACUCGAUUACACGGUUUCGACGUUCAACAUCCUCUUGGCUUUCCUCCUCCAAAAUAUCCACGCAGCUAAUCCUUCCCCUCGAAAACGAAGCAGCGUGCUUACCAUCAUCAACGCCAAACAUCGACCUCCCGCUGGCCAUUCUCCGUCCGACUACCCCUCGCAUCAGCUUUGGGGUGGAGCAUUCGGCGUCCCUCUCCGCCCACUCUCUUCCGGCGAGUAUGCCAAACUUCCACUCGGCCAAAUCGCACUGCAUAUCAGAGAAUCGCUAAAAGAACAGAUCGAUCCAGAAAACAUCCGCGCCAACAUCGUUACCAGCAUCAAGCAUGGGUUGUGGAAGAAUCCGAGUGGGAAAGUGCUCUUCUUUGCUGGUCCGAGGGAUUAUUGGUAUGGCUGUACCGAGUGGCGCAGUGUGAGGUUCAAUGCUAUCGAUUUUCGUGGCGCCCUUGAGCCAGGGGAGAAAGAGACAGGCGGAGGGGAAGGGAACCAGGUGAGACCAGUGGCGAUAGGAACACAUAUGGAGAUUCCAAUGACUCAGAGGAAUCGAUGGGUCAUUUUUGGGCAUGCCGGUAAAGGUGUUUGGUUUUCCGGUGGAAUGACAAGAAAGGAGGUGCGCAAUGCAAAGGGUUUUGGGCGCUAUGAGUGGGUGCAGUAG